UCCCCUUUCCCCUUCUUGGCGGGUGGAGGAAGCCGAAGCGGUGCUGGGCGCGCUCCCCUUCCUCUCCCUCCGGCCACCUCCCCCGGCCCUCUUGCGCCGCGCGGUCUCUCCGACGCAAGACUGUCCCGGCCCGGAUAUGGCUCGUGGACAGCAGAAGAUUCAGUCUCAGCAGAAAAAUGCCAAAAAGCAAGCUGGACAAAAGAAGAAACAAGGACAUGACCAAAAGGCUGCUGCUAAAGCUGCCUUAAUAUAUACCUGCACUGUCUGUAGGACACAAAUGCCAGACCCUAAGACCUUCAAGCAGCACUUUGAGAGCAAGCAUCCUAAGACUCCACUUCCUCCAGAAUUAGCUGAUGUUCAGGCGUAAAGUUGUUUACAGGUGAAUUCGUGACACCUUUGACUCUUCUACUGUCUCAGACCUUAGGUAACAAACCUGCAGCUGCUUUUCUAACAAACUGUUGAUCAGCAAAAAUAAAGGGGCUACAGAAACACUCAUUUUUAUGCUGUUCCCUUUUGGGCUUCAUGCAAAGACAAUUCUGUGUAAAUGUACAGUUGACUCUGAUUUGGAAAUCUGAAAAUCAGUCCAUCCUUGUUAUAAAAAAUUUUUUUACAAUUGUAAUUAUAUUGAUGUUCAUAUUGUGUAAAAUAACUCAUUUAAUAAAGUAGUACUUUGAUUUUACAACA